UAUGACUACAAUCAGGACGGUUACGAGGACUAUCCCGUCGAGGCAUACCCAGCCGACGUCUAUGAUGCCCGACACGGCAUGGCAGCAGGCCAGCAGCCUGUUCAGUACUACAAUGAUGGCGUGACAUGGGCUAACAAUUCAGUGAAGCGUGGUUCGUCUGAGGGCGAGAGUGAGACCUUCUCUGAUUUCACCAUGAGGUCUGACAUGGCCCGCGGCGCAGAAAUGGGCGUGUAUGACCGUCAUGACGAUCGUAAUCUACCUUACGGGCCCAGCACUGAUUCAUUCAAUGGACAAUACCGACCAGACUCCAGUCAGGUGUCUUACAAUGGCAACCGCUCUUCGGGAGCAAGUACACCAGUGUACGGUAACAUGGACUACGCAUCGAUGAAUCGAUCUCGCGAGCCUUAUCCGGCUUGGAUCCCCGAGAACCAGAUUCCAAUCAGCAAAGAAGAGAUUGAGGACAUCUUCAUUGACCUGACCAACAAGUUCGGCUUCCAGCGCGACUCAAUGCGAAACAUGUAUGAUUUCUUCAUGACGCUUUGCGACUCUCGUGCUUCUCGAAUGACUCCCAAUCAGGCUCUCCUGUCUCUUCAUGCUGACUAUAUCGGCGGAGAGAGUGCCAAUUAUCGCAAAUGGUACUUCGCCGCACAACUCGAUUUAGAUGAUGCCGUUGGUUUCGGCAGCAUGAAGCUUGGCAAGGCAACCUCGAAGCGCAAGUCGAAGAAGAAGAAGAAUGUCGUCGACCAGACCGAUGCCACGACGACUCUCAACGAGCUCGAAGGUGACAACUCCUUGGAAGCCGCAGAGUAUCGUUGGAAAACAAAGAUGAAUGCCAUGUCACAGCAACAGCGAGUUCAACAGGUGGCACUCUAUUUGCUCAUUUGGGGUGAGGCCAACCAAGUGAGGUUCUGCCCAGAGACUAUCGCAUUCAUUUUCAAAUGCGCAGACGAUUAUCUCAAUUCUCCAGAGGUCCUGUCUGGACAAGGUGUGCAAGUCGAAGAAGGUCAUUAUCUGCAGACAGUCAUCAGCCCACUAUAUCUCUACAUGCGCGAUCAAGGUUAUGAGAUAAACGACGGCAAGUACGUCAAACGCGAGCGUGAUCACGACAAAACGAUUGGGUAUGAUGAUAUCAAUCAAUUAUUCUGGUAUCCUGAAGGUAUCGCCAAGAUCCGAUUCGAGGACAAAUCGCGUAUGGUCGACUUGCCGCCUUCGCAGCGUUACCACCGACUGGGCGAUGUGGUGUGGAAGAAAGUGUUCUUCAAGACUUUCAAGGAAACGCGCUCCUGGUUUCACAUGUUUACCAAUUUCAACCGUAUUUGGAUCAUCCACAUUACGAUGUUUUGGUAUUUCACCGCCUUCAAUUCACCUACGAUUUACACUCACAAUUAUCGCCAGCGCCUCGAUAAUCAGCCAGCGGCUGCUGCACGCUGGGCAGCAUGUGCUUUGGGUGGUGCGGUCGCAUCGUUUCUUAUGAUAUUGGCAACCAUCUGCGAGUGGGCAUACGUACCGCGGAAGUGGUCCGGGGCUCAAGCAUUGAGUCGUCGGCUGAUGAUCCUUUUACUCUUCUUCGUUAUCAACUUGGCUGGACCAGUGUAUGUCUUCUUCAUCUGCAAGACAGAGGAAAAGCAAAGGGAGAAGAUUCCCCACAUCAUCUCAGUCGUGGCCUUCUUCUUCUCGAUUGCUACCUUCCUUUAUUUUUCCGUCAUGCCACUGGGAGGCCUGUUCGGAAAUUACCUCUACAAGAAUUCCCGACGAUAUGUGUCGAGUCAAACCUUCACCGCCUCUUUCUAUAGGCUCACUGGCAACGACAUGUGGAUGUCUUAUGGAUUGUGGCUCGCCGUUUUCGCGCUCAAGUUUGUUGAGUCGUAUUUCUUCCUCACUCUGUCGUUCCGAGAUCCAAUCAAGAUCCUUCAGCCUAUGAAGGUGUACGACUGCUCAGCAAUGUACGUCAAGAAUUACCUUUGUGUCUACCAACCGCAAAUUCUCCUUGGUCUGAUGUACCUAACAGAUCUUGUGCUGUUCUUCCUCGACACGUUCUUGUUUUACAUCCUGGCCAAUACGCUGGCAUCGGUGGCACGCUCCUUCCACUUGGGAGCUUCUGUUUGGACCCCAUGGAGAAAUAUCUUCUCGCGUAUGCCGAAGAGGAUCUAUUCCAAGAUUCUGGCGACCAAUGAUAUGGAGAUUAAGUACAAGCCAAAGGUCCUCAUCUCUCAAAUUUGGAAUGCAGUCGUUAUCAGCAUGUAUCGCGAGCACCUACUGGCUAUCGACCAUGUACAGCGACUGCUAUAUCACCAAGUGCCCUCCGAGCAAGAAGGCAAGCGAACACUGCGAGCGCCGACAUUUUUUGUCUCGCAAGAAGAUCAUUCCUUCAAGACCGAGUUCUUCCCUAGCCACUCUGAAGCGGAACGUCGAAUUUCAUUCUUCGCUCAAUCGCUUUCGACACCGAUUCCGGAGCCUGUCCCAGUGGACAACAUGCCUACAUUCACCGUCUUGGUCCCUCACUACGGCGAGAAAAUCUUGCUUUCCUUGCGUGAGAUUAUUCGCGAGGAUGACCAAUUGUCGCGAGUCACGCUGCUGGAAUACCUCAAGCAAUUGCAUCCAGUGGAGUGGGACUGUUUUGUCAAGGACACUAAGAUCUUGGCAGAAGAGACAAGCGUAUACCCCGGUGGUGAAAUGGGCGAGAAGGAAGAGAGCAAGGAGACUGUCAAAAGCAAAAUUGAUGACUUACCCUUCUAUUGCAUCGGUUUCAAGAGUGCUGCUCCCGAAUACACUUUGCGAACCCGAAUCUGGGCGUCUCUUCGUUCCCAAACACUGUAUCGCACUGUCUCUGGAUUCAUGAACUACGCUCGAGCAAUCAAGCUGCUUUACCGAGUAGAGAAUCCCGAGGUGGUUCAAAUGUUUGCCGGCAACACUGAAAAGCUUGAGCGUGAACUCGAGCGUAUGGCUCGUCGCAAGUUCAAGUUUGUGAUCUCUAUGCAGCGCUACGCCAAAUUCAACAAGGAAGAGCUCGAGAACACCGAAUUUCUGCUUCGUGCUUAUCCUGAUCUGCAGAUUGCGUACCUGGACGAAGAGCCCCCUCUUGUUGAAGGCGAAGAGCCUCGCAUUUUUUCUGCGUUGAUUGACGGUCAUUCUGACAGCAUGGAGAAUGGCCGUCGCCGACCUAAGUUCAGAAUUCAAUUGUCAGGUAAUCCUAUCCUGGGAGACGGCAAGUCGGACAACCAGAAUCAUGCGCUUAUCUUCUAUCGAGGAGAGUAUAUUCAGCUCAUCGAUGCCAACCAAGACAAUUACCUCGAAGAAUGCCUCAAGAUCCGAUCCGUCCUGGCUGAGUUUGAAGAAAUGGAGCCUCCGGCACAAUCACCGUAUACCCCUGGUCUCGACACCGAGGUGUCCAAUCCUGUUGCUAUCCUUGGUGCCCGCGAGUACAUUUUCUCAGAGAACAUUGGUAUUAUGGGCGACGUUGCAGCUGGAAAGGAACAAACCUUCGGAACCUUAUUCGCUCGUACACUGGCCCAGAUCGGAGGCAAACUUCACUACGGUCACCCAGAUUUCCUCAAUGGCAUUUACAUGACAACUCGAGGUGGUGUUUCGAAAGCUCAGAAAGGUCUCCACUUGAAUGAAGAUAUCUACGCCGGAAUGACUGCUCUCCUAAGAGGAGGGCGUAUCAAACACUGUGAGUACUACCAAUGCGGCAAGGGUCGCGACCUCGGCUUCGGCUCGAUUCUGAAUUUCACCACGAAAAUUGGUACCGGAAUGGGCGAGCAGAUGUUAUCGCGGGAGUACUACUAUCUUGGUACACAGCUCCCUCUCGACCGCUUCUUGUCCUUCUACUAUGCUCAUCCUGGUUUCCACAUCAACAAUCUGUUCAUCAUGUUGUCUGUGCAGCUUUUCAUGAUUGUGUUGCUCAACUUUGGCGCGCUCUACUACCUGGUCACCAUCUGUGUCUACAACCCCGACAAGCCGAUCACUGAUGAGUUGGUUCCCGGAGGAUGCUACAACCUUGUGCCCGUGCUCAAUUGGGUCAAGCGCUGUAUCCUCUCGAUUUUCAUUGUCUUCUUCAUUUCUUUCGUGCCCCUGGUCAUUCAGGAACUCACAGAACGAGGAGUCUUGCGAGCUGCUACCCGUCUUGCCAAGCACUUCGGAUCUCUUUCUCCGAUCUUCGAGGUAUUUGUUCUCCAAAUUUAUGCCAAUUCGUUGCUUAGUAACCUGGCUUUCGGAGGUGCUCGAUACAUUGGAACUGGCAGAGGCUUUGCGACUUCUAGAAUCCCCUUCUCUAUCCUCUUCUCGCGAUUCGCAGGACCUUCCAUCUAUCUGGGAGCCCGAACGCUCAUGAUGGUUUUGUUCGGUACGCUGACGUGCUGGGUGCCGCAUCUCAUCUACUUCUGGGUUUCCAUCUUGGCACUGUGCGUGAGUCCCUUUGUCUUCAAUCCUCAUCAGUUUUCCUGGACCGAUUUCUUCGUCGACUACAGAGAGUUCAUUCGUUGGUUGUCCCGCGGGAACUCCAGAACACAUGCCAAUUCUUGGAUCGGGUAUUGCAGACUCUCGCGAACCAGAAUCACAGGUUACAAACGUAAAGUUCUUGGUCUGCCCUCGGAGAAAAUGUCUGGCGACAUUCCCCGCGCAUCAUUCACCAACGUGUUCUUCUCUGAAGUGGUUGGGCCGUUCUUCCUUGUCCUAGUCACGGUCAUUCCCUUCCUCUUCAUCAACAGCCAGCCUGGCAAUAUGACGGACCCAAACAGUUCCGAUGCCUCGAACCCUGCUAUUCGUGUGGCCAUUGUUGCUUUCGCUCCUGUUGGUAUCAACGCUGGAGUAGCCCUCAUUUUCUCAUUGAUGGCUUGUUGCAUGGGACCAUGCUUCGCGAUGUGCUGCAAGAAAUUUGGGGGUGUGCUCGCUGCAAUCGCUCAUGCCAUCUCCGUCAUUAUUCUGAUCGUGCUCUUCGAGGCCAUGUGGUUUCUCGAACAUUGGUCAUUCCCGAAAGCCCUUCUGGGAAUGAUCGCAGCUACUGCGAUUCAGCGUUGGUUUUUGAAGCUUUUGACGUUAGCUUGUUUGACCCGCGAGUUCAAACACGAUGGAGCGAACUUGUCCUUCUGGACCGGUCGAUGGUAUGGGAAUAAGCUGGGGGGCCACGCAUUUUCACAGCCGGCGCGAGAAUUUGUUUGCAAGAUGAUCGAGCUCUGUCUCUUCUCUGCCGACUUCAUUCUUGGUCACAUCUUGCUCUUUCUCAUGCUGCCAAUCUUGGCUAUCCCGUAUGUCGACCGGUGGCAUUCAGUUGUGCUCUUCUGGCUUCGGCCCAGCAGGCAGAUCCGAGCUCCCAUCUUUUCAAUGAAGCAAAAUCGAUUGAGGAAGCGAAUCGUCCGUCGCUACGCGACCAUGUUCUUUGUCAUGUUUGUCAUCUUCAUGGCGCUCAUUAUUGGUCCCGCUGUGGCUGGAAAGUACAUUCCAGCCAUCGAUGGUAUUCCAUUCUCAUUGUUGCAACCCAAGGACCGCAAUGCGACUGCAAAUGUGACAACGUACAAGAACUCGACGACUUAAACUGGGGUCUCGAUACUGCGCGCGAUCUUUGUACCUUUGUUUACUCGUUUGGGAAUUAGAUAGAUAUGACUUUUGUUAAAAAUGCGUCGUCACUGAUGGCCUGAAAUACGAAUGUGAGUUGACCGAGACAAAC